CGAAUCACAAGAAAGAUUAAUUCACGAGGCGGCCAUCGCUAGGAGCGACUCAGCUAUCCGCACAAAAAGACUGGAGUUAAUGUUGUUUAUCCGCUGGGAAAGUGAAUAAAAAGAAGACCCAACGACUCUUACGGCUUUAGGAGUUCUAACUGCGAACAGGCGGACUGCUGUUUCUUUUGUUUCGCUGAUUUCGAAGCUCACCAACCUGAAGCACAUUUUUCGUUAGGAAGGCUGGUUAGCUGGCAUGCUAACGGGCUCUGUGUUUUGGGUUGGAAUUAGCUUAGCCAGUCGGCGCAAGGAAACAUUAUUCUUUAGAGUAAAAAAAUCACUGUUAGCCGCUGAAGAUGGACAUUAGGGAGUGAAAAGACAGAUUUACUGCAGAUUGAUUAUGAGAUCUGAUUCAUACUGAGGAGAGCUAUGGAGCUGUACUGGUACAUAGUUGUCAUAAUAUUUAUUAUGAUAAAGAUCUUCUUCUACAUCUGCUGGUACCGCUCAAGACAGAGGCAACUUGCUGCUUAUCUUAGUAAUCCCCGCAAUGCACAGAUUGUUAUUGUGGGAGGAAGAGCCUACCUGCACCAGAUGUGUGAGAGGCAAAAUACAUCAAUCUGGCCAAGCUGGUAUGGAGUGCAGGAUGACGGAUCAGUGGGUGAACCCUCCGCCUCUCUUCCACCAGCUUCAUCCCUGUCUCAGCUAGACAUGCCUCCUCCAUAUGAGGCUGUGUCGGGAGCUAAUGAUCUGAAGCCUCCUCCAUACAGCGAAUAUGCUGCAAACGAUGACACUGACGCCUCCCUGAGCAUCGCCAUCCCCGAAGGAAAUGAUUCCAGCACCAUCACUGAUGACCCACCUCCGUACACACCCAGCGCCACCUCUCCAGCCAGCCAGCAAGCUGACACCAGCAUUCAGGGCCAUCUGGAGGCAGACGGCAGAUCCAGCUAGUGUUGUUCACCGCUCAGUUUUGAGUUUUGUCCACUUGUGAACACAGCAAGGGCUGUAUUAAAUCCACAGGUUCUUUUGAGCCCCACGUUUGAGUUACAGUUUUGGUUUCUAUUAGUUUUCUUAUUAAGGGGGAAAUAAUGUUUGGAAAGUGUGUUUAGCAUCUCACCUCACCUUCAGAAGAAAUGCACUGUGAUGCACAGUGAUGUAGGAAAAAUACAUCAGAUUUGGCGCCCUCAUGUGGCAGGAUUGCUUGACCUCCUAUGACAUAAAGGGUGCUUUUAGCUCACCCAUGCCUUAUUGUGGUUUUCUCUUAUAUAACCAGCGUCAUGCUAGCACAUAUUCAUCCAGCACACAUGCACAUGCAGUAAUCUAGUUUUAUAUGCAUCUCAGCUUUUUUUGUGUUUUUUUUUUUGUUUUGUUUUUUGUGUGUGUUUUUUCUUUGAAUGAUGCCAUGGAUUCAGCAGCACACAGCUUCCACUUGCAGCAGCCUGAAUUAACUGUACAUAAGCUUGUGGAUUGAUCAGUGCCACGUAAAAAAAAGGAAAGAAAAAAAAACAGAUUUCUCAGAGACAAUGUUGUAGACACAUAGUGACACCGCUGAUGCUGAUGUUUUCUCUUCUCUCUAAAGGCCCAAAGGGAGAGCAUUAUGUAUAGAGGUUAAACCUCACCUUGAUACAUAACCUCAGUUUGUAUGUGAUGACAAUUUCAAAAACUAUCCCUCAGCACUUUUAUGUCUUGCAAUUGCCUUACUUUUUUUGUUGUCUGUUUGUAAGUGACUAGUAUAAUCAUCGGAGGUGGCGUGGCUCGUGGCCUCGUGACUCCUCCACUCUUUAGCUUUGGCUUAUCAGGUUACAGCAAUGAUUUUAUGCAUUCGGGCCACAGACCUACAUCAAUGAACUCUGCUUACUUUUUAGUAACUUGAUUAUUUUUUUUUUGUCUGUGCAUAUGAUAAUGAUGUAUGUCAAAUUGUGUGGUCUAACACGUUCUGUUUUUGUGUACAUGUUGUGUUUUGAAGAAUGUAUGAGGUCAACUGUGUGCAGUUGUCAAACUAUCAGGUUAACGUAAUGGGAUCAAUGCGUUUUUUUUAUUGAACUGUAAGGAUAAAGGAUCCUUCUGUAUUUGUAGACAUUAUAUUUGUCCCCCAUAUUUCACAGUAUAAUUUGAUGUAAUCGUUUUUUUUCUCUUCAUGAUGUCCUAAUACUGCUUUAAUGUUAUUGCUCAUUGAAUAGUAUUGUACAUACUAUUUUUUGUAUUUGUGUCAAAGCCUUCCAAUCCAUAUCUAAAAUAAAAAAAAUCAGAAAG